ACCAUAAAGUGUAGACUGUAUCGGACAGUGUAGUGGUUUGACGAUGGGCCCCGUACUGUUAUUAAUGCUCUACAUUCUGUCUCUGGAGUCGACGGAUGCUUUACGAUUUCCCCACAUCAACACCGUGUCACAGCAAGAGGAUGUGGAUGUGAACACAUCAACAUUUUCCGAGCGAACAAUACGUUCUGCAAAUGGCUUUCCGCUAGAUCUUGACGUCAGAUUUACGUCAAAUAACGUACAUUCAGAUUUAAAAUUGAGCGUUAGUGAUGUCAGCGAUGAUGUACCAGUGGUUUUACAGAGAGCUGGGAAAAUGGUGUCUUACCGGGUCUCCUCAGAGGCCGCCGCAUUCUACAUGGACGUUUCAAACAAAGCGGCAUUCAUCGUAUGGCGGGCUGAUGAUACUGAAACGGAAAACUUUCUUUUUUUCGGGACGUACCAGUCUGGCGAUCGAGAGCUGCUCGUGCAGCCACCAACGUCCGUCGACGCCGGCCACUCGGUGACAGAAAUUGUAGAAACAAGUCCGACUGAAACUGACUUUCUGGUAAACCCUGAAUUCGAUGCAACAAGAGUUGAACAGAUGGUUGCAUCAAAUAACAAAGACUCUGAAAGAGUGAAGAGACAGACAACAGAUUAUGAAGUUGAAAUCUUCUUUGUUAUCGACUACAGUCUUUAUUCCUUCUGGUAUAUGCAAAUGACGGGCACCGAUUCAGAAAAGCAAACAUCGGCGAUUUCAGUCAUAAAACAAUUCUACGCUUUUGUUUUAAAUGCGAUGAGCGUUCGCUACAGCUCAGUGAAGGGUUCAGGCUACACCAUUUCUCUCGUUUACGCGGGAAUAUCUAUCGCAACGAGUUCUACGGACGCACCAUACAUCGAGAAUAAUCUACAAUCAUUCGAUGUAGAUGGCCGUCGAGCUUUCUUGGCCGACAUCGUAUUGUCUGCCUUUAAGGACUGGGGAAAUACCAACCUAAAGCCGAUUUACAACUAUGACGUCGCUAUGAUGUUUACAGGUUAUGAAAUGGGCAGAUCUGUCAGCGACGAGUUUGAUUCCGCUAUUGCAGGUCUGGCCUACGUCCCUGGAGCGUGUAGUGACUGGAGUUAUAAUAUCAACGAAGACCGUUUCUGGGCGGUUCUGGUAACGAUUGCUGCACACGAGUUGGGACAUAAUUUGAACGCCCAGCACGAUGGUACAGUCGACGGUACUGGCGAAUUUUGUUCGAGUGACGACGCGUAUGUGAUGGCUCCCUCUGUUGGCGUGUAUUCUGACCAGAUCAAAAAUGUCCGCCAGUUCUCAUUUUCUUCAUGCUCCAUCGAUUAUUUUACUGCGUAUAUCGCAACGCUAGAAAAUGUCAGCGAGAACUGCCUGGCAAACCGCAACGCCACCUACGACACUUCUGACCUUGACCCUUAUUUGGGUGACCUUGCCGGUCAGGUGUACACUCCAGAUCAGCAGUGUGAAUACUUAGUGGGAGCCGGUUCCUACCUCUCCAGGGUCAGCUAUGAUUCGGAUUACAGCGGGAUUUGUUUCGUAAUGAACUGUUUUGUGCCGGGAACAACUAGCUCGUAUAGAUAUCAACUCGCCUGGGAGGGAACAACGUGCGGAGACGGAAAGCUGUGUAGUGGUGGAUCGUGUGUUGUAUCGUCCAGUGCUCCGGCUGUAGCGGAUGAGACAUGUAUGUUCGGAAACAACCCAAGCAACGUGACGUUCGAGACGGUGACGUGCAGUGAACUUCUGGCUUUUCCCAACACAUCAUACAAUUGCUACAGCAGUAACAUUCGCGAAGAUUGCUGUGAAACAUGCGAGCAAUUCAGACUCGCAAACGUUAGCAACACUGAUUGCGAGUACGGCGAUCAGGCAAGCUGGUGUGCAACGUUGUCUCUAAGAAGCUGCUAUACCAAUGACGCUGUUUGUUGUCAGUCCUGUCCAGAGAGAGCUCUAAACAUACCAAAUUGCGAGUACGGCGACAAGGCAAGCUGGUGUGCAACGUUGUCUCUAAGAAGCUGCUAUACCAAUGACGCUGUUUGUUGUCAGUCCUGUCCGGAGAGAGCACUAAACAUACCAAAUUGUCAAUAUGGAGAUCGGUCAACGUCAUGUAAUGCAGCUAGUUGUCCGAAUUAUGAUGAAGAGUCAAGAACAGUUACAUGUUGUCAAACAUGUGCAGCUACAACAACAACAAUCUCAACAACCACUACAACUACACCAACUACAACUACUACUACACAAAAAACAACUAGCACUACACCAACUACAAAUACAACUACACCAACAACCACUACAACUACACCAACUACAACUACUACUAUACCAACUACAACUACCACAACACCAACAACCACUACAACAACACCAACUAAAACUACCACUACACCAAUUACAACUACCAUUACACCAACAACAACUACUACUACAACUUCACCAACAACAUCAACCACAACUCCAACAACAACUACCACUACACCAACAACAACUACCACCACACCAACAACAACUACCACUAUACCAACAACUACUACUACACCAACAAUAACUACCUCUACACCAACAACAACUACCACUUCACCAACAACAACUACCACAACACCAACAACAACUACCACCACACCAACAACAACUACCACUACACCAACAACUACUUCUACACCAACAACAACUACCACUACACCAACAACAACUACCACCACACCAACUACAACUACCACAACACCAACAACAACUACUACUACUACACCAACAACAACUGCCACCACACCAACAACAACUACCACCACACCAACAACAACUACCACCACACCAACUACAACUACUACCACACCAACAACAACUACUACUUCACCAACAACAACUACCACCACACCAACUACAACUACUACCACACCAACAACAACUACCACCACACCAACAACAACUACCACCACACCAACUACAAGUACUACCACACCAACAACAACAACUACUUCACCAACAACAACUACCACCACACCAACUACAACUUCUUCCACACCAACGACAACUACCACUUCACCAACAACAACUACCACCACACCAACUACAACUACUACCACACCAACAACAACUACUACUUCACCAACAACAACUACCACCACACCAACUACAACUAGCACCACACCAACAACAACUACCACCACAUCAACCACCACACCAACAACAACUACCACCACACCAACAACAACGACAACCACACCAACAACAACUACCACCACACCAACAGCAACUACCAAUACACCAACUACAACUACCACGACACCAACUACAACUACCACCAUACCAACUACAACUACUACCACACCAACAACAACUACCACCACACCAACAACAACUACUACUACACCAGCUACAACUACCACCACACCAGCAACAACUACCACUUCACCAACAACAACUACCACCACACCAACCACAACUACCACCACACCAGCUACAACUACCACCACACCAACAACAACUACCACUACACCAACAACAACUACCACCACACCAACUUCAACUACUACCACACCAACAACAACUACUACUUUAACAACCACAUUAACCACCAAACCAACAACAACUACCACCACACCAACAACAACUACCACUACACCAACAACAACUACCACUACACCAACUACAACUACCACCACACCAACCACAACUACCACCACACCAACAACAACUACCACUACACCAACAACAACUACCACCACACCAACAACAACUACCACCACUCCAACUACAACUACCACCACACCAACUACAACUACCACUACACCAACAACAACUACCACCACACCAACAACAACUACUACUUCACCAACCACAUCAACCAACACACCAACAACAACUACCACUACACCAACUACAACUACCACCACACCAACUACAACUACUACUACACCAACUACUCCAACUACAACUCCAAUUACCCAUACACCAACAACAACAUCAACAACUACACCAACUACAACUACACCAACUGCAACUACCACUACAUCAACAACUACACCAACUACAACUACACCAACUGCAACUACCACUAAUACACGAAGAACAACUACCACUACAUCAACUACAAUUACCUCUACACAAGCAACAGCUACCACACCACCACCAACAACAACAGCUACACCAACAACAACUACCACUACACUAACAACAGCCAGCACUAAACCAACCACAACUCCAACAACAACUUCAACUACACCAACAGCCACAGCAAUCAGUACAAUUACAACUACAACUACCACUACACCAACAACAACCAGCACUAAACCAACCACAACUCCAACAACAACUACAACUACACCAACAGCCACAGCAAUCAGUACAAUUACGACUACAACAACCACUGCACCUACUACAAGUACAAUUACAACAACAACUGUCUCACUGAGACGGACCAGGGUUACAGUGGUAUUCCUUAUCUUUGUCUCUCCGAAUGUUGACUUGAAUAAAGGCAGUGCGGAUAAUCUCUACAUUGCUCUACAGCUUAGGAAUCAACUUCUUCAACUAUUUAGACGGCGGCUAAGGAAUAAAACUAUAACCAUCAUAAUACUUUCACUAAGGCGAGGUAGUCUUAUUGCUGACUUUGAGAUUGUUUAUGAAGACUCAGAGCAAUCUCAAGCCCAAUUUACCGAGGCAAACAUUGACCUGGUUACCGGGAGGGAAACCGUAACUAUUCUUAAUGAAACCGUCGCGGCCUCAUCUAUACAGGUCAACAAUACAAUUGUGACAAACGAAACGAGCGGGGCGGCGGUCUGUGCUUUGUUUGAGGCAAGCGGUGGUAGGUGUGACAAAGCAUAUGAAUGUGCGACGGUCGACGGGGCCCCUACCUGUCUUCGACAAGAAACAUCAGAUGGAAUGACCUCGAUCAUUGUGGUUGUGACAUGCAGCUUAGUCUUUCUUUUAAUCACAAGUAUUAUCAUCUGCGCAACGGCUCGCGCAUACCGGAUCCGGAAGUUAAAGAGAAAAUCUUCCUCACUGGAAUCGAGAGACAGGACAAACUGGGACGAUUAUCCAUCUCAGAUAGCUCCGUAUGGAUAUGUGUUUAAUUGGCGGGAUCAGGCGCACGGUUACCGGCCUUAUUUGCCCGAGGUUAGGCUUGGAACCCAAACUUUACGCAGGAGCUAUAAUAGCAAGAGUGCUUACGGCAAUUUGGCGUUUGAGUAUGAGAGAACACUCGGAAGAAGUUAUCUGGACUCAGCUAACUAAAACUUCGAUGAGGAACAAAUCCGGUGCCGUUUGAAGAGAUGGACAUCUGUCGUUUGCCAUUCUCCAUUUGCUUAACACAUCAUGUUCACUGAUACAGCUAAAGAGGAUGUAUUAAAUUCAAUAAUACUUUCCAAGAAGUGUGCAGUAAAGUGUACUGUCAUUUUUUUCUUUUAUUUUUAAAAUGUUGUUUCAUUCAUAUGUAUUGUUUGAUUUUACGGAUUUUUCUUUGAUCGCUUGUCACAUAAGUAUUGAAAUUAUUAUGUUCUGUUCCCAUUUGUGUCAGACAACUAUCUUAUCAUUGAUUGUGCAGAAUUUAGUAUCCAGAUAUCUGAAUAAUUAGUUAAAUAGGUUUUCGUGAGAAUAUUGUUUUAAUUGUUUCUGCAACUUAAAAAACGCAUUUGAUAAUUUAUUUAUUUGAUCAAUAAAAAUAAGGUUAUAAAUUAAAACUUUUACAAACUAUCAAUUUAUGGCAAUGACACAUAUGCUGUGACAUCAGAUAUUUAAACAUCAUCCUGAGUUUGUUUUUUUUUUAUAAUUAUUUAGUGUACGUUUAAUGCACGUGGUUCAAGUUGUCAUAAUUUUGUCAAACUUUUAUUAUACUUGUAUCAUGUUUGUGAAACCAUCUUUCUACUUGCUUUAUUAUUUCAUUUUUUUUUUGCAUUUAUUUGACAACCAUCCUAACCAGGCUAUUUAUUAUUCGAACGUCUACCUCCAUUGGAGUUAUACCGCUGUAAGCGGAAUACUAUUUUGGGGACUCCGACGAUAUUCCAAAAAUAUAUGAGUCCCGACGAUAUUUGAAUAAUAUUUCGUGGGUUCCGACGAUGUUCGAUUAAUAACGCUGUGGGUGCCGAUGAGCUUUGACAAAGCCAGCAUAAAAAUGAUACACGCUAGUCGUGUUUGAUUUAUUUAUUCAAAAUUGUUAUUCGAUUUAACAUGUUUUCUUUGCGCAACGUUGCAUACUAAUUUUGCAUUUCUAAUAUU